AUGCCGACAGCGGAGGAGAAGAUGUCGAAGAAAAACAAAGACGUGAUCCGGCUAGAGCAAGAAUCCGUCAUACCUGUCCUCAAGCCAAGGCUCAUCGUCCACUUGGCCAACCUCAUUGAACAUAGCUCUGAUCGUACUGAGUUUUUGAAACUAUGUAAGAGAGUGGAGUACACAAUCCGAGCUUGGUACAUGUUGCAGUUUGAGGACCUCAUGCAAUUGUACUCUCUCUUUGAUCCUGUCCAUGGCACUCAGAAAUUGGAGCAACAGCGGUUAUCUUCAGAUGAAAUUGACGUUCUUGAGCAGAAUUUCUUGAGAUAUUUGUUUCAGGUUAUGGAGAAAAGCAAUUUCAAAAUAGCCACUCAAGAAGAGAUUGAGGUUGCGCAUUCAGGGCAGUAUCUCCUCAAUCUGCCCAUCACAGUUGAUGAAUCUAAGCUUGAUAAGAAGCUUUUGAAGAGUUUCUUCGAAUCUAAUCCUCAUGAGAACCUUCCUGAUUUUGCCGAUAAGUACAUAAUAUUCCGGCGUGGGAUCGGCAUUGAUAAGACAACUGAUUAUUUUUUCAUGGAGAAAGUGGAUGUGAUCAUUUCACGUUUCUGGUCAUGGAUUUUGAGAAAGACCAGAUUAGAGAAGGUUCUUUCGAGAAGAUCAAGUUCACGGCUUAAGAAGGAUCCAAAAAAAGACGAUGGAAUUGUCUCUGAAGCAGAAUCUGAUGACUUAUACGUUGAGCGUGUCCGUCUUGAGAAUAUGGAGCUAAGGUUUUCUGAAACAGUCUGCUGUAGUGUUUCUUAUCAUUGUCCUUUUUGUUCUUCUUCUUUACGGAACUUGUUGAGUAAACUUACAAUUCAAGAACCCACUUUUGAUAGGAUCAUUGUUGUCUACAGAAUCCGUUGUGGCAGUGCUAGGCGAGCAAGUUCUAAAAUAAAAUCAGAGCGAGGCAUAUAUGUGAAGCAUUUCAAAAACAUUCCAUGGCCGAUAUGGAAAUUGUCCUGGUGUGUACUCUUAUCUUCUUUCUUGCCAGAGAAAAAGAAUCCAGGUUUAACUCCAAUGGAUUGGGUUAAAUUUCUUAUAUCUGCAGUUGUAGGACUGGUCGCUGUUGUUGGAUCUGUUGAAAUGCCCAAAGCUGACCUGUGGGUGAUUUUUGCUAUUCUUUCCACAGUGAUUGGUUAUUGUGCUAGAUUUACUUCACGUAAAGGGCAGGCUCACAAUACUUGUAUUAGUAAUGAUCUGAUGCUGAUUGUGGACUUUCUGAGGUUUCAACAGAAUAUGGCUACUUAUCAGAACCUAAUAACUCAAUCUAUGUAUGACAAGCAGUUGGAUAGUGGAAGGGGCACUCUUCUUCACUUGUGUGAUGACGUAAUUCAGCAAGAAGUGAAAGAGGUCAUAAUUUCAUUUUUCAUAUUGAUGGAAAACGGGAAAGCCACUUUGGAGGAUCUUGAUCAGCAAUGUGAGGAAUUAAUACGAGAUGAGUUUGGUGAACGCUGUAAUUUUGAUGUUGAUGAUGCGGUUCACAAAUUGGAGAAAUUGGGCAUAGUUUGUCGCGAUACAAUUGGAAGGUAUUACAGCGUUGGGCUAAAAAGGGCGAAUGAGAUCAUCGGCACAACCACCGAAGAACUUGUACUGAAAGCUAAACAAGGAUCUGCUUCUGCUUGAAAUAUAGUAUUAUGACUAUGAGCAGCCUUUGAAUUUCAGGUCCUUUGUUUUGCUUCCAAUGGCGUAAAACCUGAAAAUUUAAGAGUGCGAUAGUUCUAGUUUUAGUAGUUGAUUGAAGAUGUCCAUUUUAGUUGUCUUGUAGAUGUUGGAUGCGGCGUGGUUGUAAUUCGGUGAAACUGAAUGCACCGUCACUAGUUAUUUUUAUUUAUUUUAUUAUGUUCAAUUUUUAGUCAUGUAUUCUUUCAUUAUUAGGUGCGCUAUCUUGUACUAAAUUGCAUGCUUUCUAGUUUCUACCACAUCCACUGAUCCACACG